AUGCCCGACGUGCUCACGGACCUGCUGCCGUUGGAGCGGCGCGACAGGCAACCAGCUAGCGAUGCGGUCGCCAAGACGGCCUCGGACAGGAGCGCGCUGGCCGCCAAGACGCCGGCGAACCUGUACCCGCCGACGCCCACACCAGGCCCAGGCGUCUCCUCGUCAUGUGGGGUGCACGGGCCCUUCGGGGUGAUCCAGCAGCCGCAGGGCGCACCUACGAUGCAGGCGGCCCCGCCUCAGGGGAUGCCGACGCCGGGGGUGUACGCGUCGCCGGCCAUGCCGGCGCCAGCGCCGAUGAGCGCGCCAGCGCCCCAGGCGGCCUUCGCCGCGGCGCCCCAGGUUAUGAUGAUGGGGGCGAUGGCGAUGCCGUUGGGGCCUCAGGUGAUCCCGGCGCAGGGCGUGAUGCAGGUUAUCAACGGCAUGCCCGUGGUUAUGAACGGCGGCUACUUGCCCUCCCCCGCGCCACCAGUGCAGACUGCGCUGGGCGUGGGAGGCAUGCCCCUCCCGGCUCCAACGGCAGCGCCGCCAGCGGUUGCCACCGUCGUGGCCCCCGCCGUUCCGUCCCUCGCGCCCGCCACGAUGCCGGCAGCAGCCCCCGCCCAGGGGCGCCCCGCCGCGGAACCGCCGAACGCCGGCCGCAGCGCAGAGCGCCCGCCGCGGUCGUCGGCGGCGCAGCCGUGGGCGCCGGGCGGCGCGCGGCCCGCGCAGGAGCAGCCAACGUCGACCCUCCACUCGGCGGGCAGGCAGCUCCUGGGCGACGCCCUGGACCCAGGCCAUCUGGACGACGACGCCCGAGGGUACCCUUCCGUCGGCUCCGAAGGCCACCCCGCAGAGUGCCACCCCUGCGCCUUCUUCUGGAAGCCGAAGGGCUGCUCGCUGGCCGUGGACUGCGACUUCUGCCACCUGUGCCCCGCGGACGAGAAGAAGCGGAGGCAGAAGGCCAAGAUCGACGCCAUCCGUGCCUCGCAGGGGGCGCCCAGCUGA